AGGUGCUGGCGCGCGCCAGCACCUUGGACUGGGACGGUGCCUGGGAUGUCGGUCGGAGGGUCUUCUUCACCCUCGGUCUGCUCUCUUUGCUGCAGGCCAAGAUCAUGCAUCUCUUCGCCCACAUCACUUCUCUGCCCCUCCCGAAGAUGGCCCUCUGGGGCAUCACCUUUUUCUUCCAGGAUGUCAUCGUGAUCCUGCUGAUGCGCCUGGCCACCCGCCGCGCCCCCCGCCGCUGGGUGGCCGCCCUCUGCGCCCUCGUCAUCGUUCCCUUCUCCCUGGGCAUGACGGCGAUGGCCUCGGCCAACACCUCCUUCUUCGUCACGACCGGUGCCGAGAUCCACUGGCGUCAGGUCGGGACCUUCCACGCUGAUGCCGCCGCCAUCGCCACGCUGCUGACCGGCUUGGCCGGCUUCCUCAUCACCGCCGCGAUCCUGGUGGCCGCCGCCUGGGUUCUGUCCCGCCCCAUCCACCGCUUCGUCGGUGGCAUCCUGCACAUUCUGGGGACUCCCUACCGCUCCAUCGUCGGCCGCGUCCGGGCCCGCCGCCAACGCUACCGCCCCGUGCAGGAUCCCGUCCGCGACGAGGAGGAGAUCCCCGUGGAGGACUACCGCGACGACAAGAGUGACGACGGCGAGGAUGUGCCCCUGCAGGGCUCUGGCGAGGGGCCUAGCCGGCGCUAUGCCGGGCGGGAUGGCCGCAGCGGCCCCGCCGCCUCCGAGCCUGCUGCCUGGAAGCAGAUUGUCACCUGGGGCGGGUUGUUCCUGCUCACCGCCUUGCGCUUCCUGCGGCCGUCCGACACCGCCUUCGUCUUCCUGGCCGGCACCCUCCCCGUCACUCCCUUCCUCCACACCGAACGCCCCUCGCCCGUCGACACCGAGGGCCUGCCCGGCAUCUAUCCUUACCUCGAGGACGGCAACUCCCUCGCCAACCCACCCGCCUGGUCCUGGCUGCCGGCCGGCCAGCCCGCCGGCUUCCGUGACUGGUGGGACCGCUCCAACGGCACCCGCCAGCACUAUUCCCCCGCCAGCGACCCCUUGCACAUUGCGAACCUGCAGCUACCGGUGCUUGAGCCUCUGCGCGAGAGCCUGAAGAACGGCAGCGUCCAGAUCAAGCAUAUUCUUUUCCUUAAGCUCGAGAGUACCCGCAACGACGUGUUCCCGCUGGUCAAGGAUUCCUGGCUCGACAAGCACAUCGGCCGUUCCUGGGGCGGCGAGAGUCCUGACGAGGUCAAGGACCGCUUGGGCAAUCUCACCCGUACGGCCUCCUACCUGACCGGCGUCGACCCGGGCUACGGCCAGGCCCCCGACCCUCGCGGCCGCAACUACGGUGGCGUCAGCGCCAGCAACGCCUUCACCACGGGCACCUACACCUUGAAGAGCGUGGUCGGCAGUCUGUGCGGCGUCACCCCGCUCGUGGCUGACUUCAACCGCGAGUAUGAGUACCAUAUCUACCAGCCGUGCCUGGCCCAGGUCUUUGGGGCCCUCGGCCAGCUGCCCGACGCCACCCGCAAGCCCGACGAUUUCCGCACCUGGCCCUGGCACUCCACUUGGAUGCAGUCCGUCACCGACAGCUACGACAACCAGGACAAGCUGACCCCGACCAUGGGCUACCAGGAUGUGCUCACCAAGGAGCGCAUCAAUGAUCCGGCGGCGAAGCAUUACCCGCCCAAGACCCGCGAAGUCAACUACUACGGGUUCGCCGACACGGAACUGCACGAGUACGUGCGCGACGCUAUCGACGAUGCCGAGCGCAACCACGAGCGUCUCUUCCUCACCCAUUUGACCGGCACCAGCCACCAUCCGUGGGGUUUGCCUCGGGACGACAUGUUCCAGGAGCUCAUGAAGGGCUCCAACGACGACUUCAACCGCUACCUCAACACCAUCGGCUUCGUCGAUACCUGGUUGGCUGAUGUUCUGGAGAUCCUCCAGGAGAAGGGUGUGGCCGAUGAGACUUUGAUCGUCAUGGCCGGAGACCACGGCCUCUCCCUGCCCAACGACGGCGGUGUUACCCCCUACGACAACCCUCACAUUGGCAACUUCCACGUCCCCAUCGUGCUGGCCCACCCCAAGCUCCCCCCCGUCCGCGUGGACGCUCCCGUCACCAGCGACCAGAUCGUCCCCACCGUUCUCGACCUGCUGGUCGAGUCGGGCUCGCUCGGCCCCGAGGGCACCAAGGCCACGCGCGACCUACGCGGCCAGUACGAGGGCCAGUCGAUGAUCCGGCCCCUCGUCCCCGAGAAGGAGCACAUCCAGGACUGGCAGUUCUCCGUCAUGAACACGGGCGGGUCGCUCAUCGCCGUGCGCUCCGCCGCCCACCCGGACUACCGGUUGGUCAUCCCGCUCGUCGACGACCUCGAAUGGCGCUUCACCCACGUUGGCGAGGAUCCCGCCGAGGAGCACCCCGUCAAGCACUUCGCCCUGGUCGACAUGGCCGCCUCGCUGGAGCGACGCUUCGGCAAGGAUGCCGUCGACUGGCUGCGCGACGCGGCCCACGUCACUGAGUGGUGGGUGACCGAGAACUGGCGCCGCUACGGCUACUCCAAGGAGAACGACAAGCUGGCAGAUGGGUACGAUCCGAAUUAGUAGAUUUUACUUGGUACGAUCUAAUUGGAUGGGUUGGUUGCAUUGUACGAGAUACGUGGUGUUUGGCGUUAGGGGUUGCAUGUACUCGCUGAUUUAUUGUAUUCUGAGUACAUAGUUGUUAAUUGGUUAUUGCCCCAUUUUCCCCCAUUUUAUCUGCUCCCCAUCAUUCUAUUUGCCUGACCAGACCUUUUUUCCACUUGACCCAUUUUUUCUUUCGCCUUUUUGCCUUUUGCCUCUUGUUUUCCGUCUUGUUUUCUUUUUGGUUAUUGGAAUUGCCACCACAGACGGUAAUACGUCUCGACGGAAGUGGACGGGAUGACGAAUCAAUCCAUCCCCUGAGUGUGUUCCAUGGGUCAGAUUUAGUAAUCUUCUAAUAUGAAAUAUCUUGACCUUGAUUGA